UAUUUUUAGAUAUAUUGUCAGUAACUGUUGUCAUUAAGAUAAGAAAAGCAUUAAAAUAUCAGGUUUAAGAAAUAAAUUGAAAAUCAAGAUACUAUUAACAUGACGAUAUUAUUAGCUAUUGUGGCUUUGGUUUUACAUAGAGCAGUGCCAGUCUAUGGAGAGUGCCCCAAUGGGUUUAUUAGACAUGAUGAUAUGUGCUAUCACUUUAGUCAUGACACGGAGACGUGGAUCGACGCCCUGGUGACAUGUGACAAGUUAUUUGGAGCACAGUUAGUGGAAAUAGAGACUGCCAAGGAGAAUAAUUAUCUCGUCAAUGAGUCAUCUGUACUCAAAGCCGAGUUUUGGAUUGGCGGAAAUGACAUUCAAGUUGAAGGGGAGUGGAAAUGGGCGACUUCCGGUGAUGACGUCACAUUUACUGCUUGGGGUGGCCCGCCUAGCAACAGCCAUGGUAACGAGAACUGUAUAGAGAUAAACACGUUAGUCUGGAAUGACGAUCAAUGUGGGAAACAACAACGCUAUAUUUGUGAAAAGCCCCUUAACAAUGAGCAAAUAGUGGGACGAAAAUGAAAUGUGACUUUUUGCCAUGGGUUUAUAAAAACAGAAAUAAAAUGUUAGAUAUUA